UUCAAAAACCCCCAAUGCGCCAAACACCAUAGCUCGCUCGAUAGUUCACAGAAUUGAGUGAUUCGACUUGCAAAAGAACGCUCUUGGUGUCAGCUACAACGUCGUAAACUUUCGGACUGUUUCAUCGCUUGGAUUUUCAGAUAUCGCUUUCCGAACCAUAGCAGCAGCAGCACCAGAAGGAGCAGCAGACUCAGCAGCAGCAGCACCAGCAGCAGUAGCAGCAGCAGCAGCAGCAGCUGAAGGAGCAGUAGCAGCAGCAGCAGCAACAGCGGCAGCAGCAGCAGUGGCAGCAGCAGCAGCGUCAGCAGCAGCAACAGCAACAGCAGCAGCAGCAGCAGCAGAAGGAGCAGCAGCAGCAGCAGCAGCAGCAGCAGAAGGAGCAGCAGCAGCAGCAGCAGCAGCAGCAGCAGCAGCAGCAGCAGCAGCAGCAGCAGCAGCAGCAGCAGCAGCAGCAGCAGCAGCAGCAGCAGCAGCAGCAGCAGCAGCAGCAGCAGCAGCAUAUCUACAGCCAUCCCCAUCCUCCCCUCCUCUUUGAGCCGCCGCGGAUCCACCCACCGCCGCUCCCUCCCGGCCACCGCGGGUCCACCCGCCGUCGCCUUCCUCCCACUCCGUGUCACCAAUGGC